AUGGGCCCCUCCCCCGACGGCGCGCGCCUGCGCACCACCGAAGCCACGCCCAUUGCGUCCUCGGCGCACGCCAGAGACUACGCGUCCAUAUCCGCGUCCAUAUCCGCGUCGUCUCUGCUCGACACCACCGCCGACACCCCCCGCCCCGCCCCGCCCAAGCGCGCCCCAACCCCCGUGCUGCAGCCCACCCGCUGGGCGCAGUUCUGGGAGAAAUGGGGCACCGUGGAGCUCGAGAACAAGGGCAGCGUGGCGCGCGACCACCUCGCGCUGGAACGCACGUUCCUCGCCUGGCUCCGCACCAGCCUCUCGUUCGCCUCCAUCGGCAUCGCCAUCACGCAGCUCUUCCGCCUCAACUCGUCGCUGCAGUCCCACGCCUCCUCCUCUUCUUCUACGGCAUCCCACUCCUCCUCUGUGCACCGCCUGCGCCACCUGGGCAAGCCGCUCGGCGCCACCUUCAUCGGCAUCUCGAUCCUGAUGCUGGCGAUUGGGUUCCACCGCUACUUUGAGGCGCAGCACUAUGUCAUCCGGGGUAAGUUCCCGGCGAGCAGGGGGAGUAUUGUGCUGGUGAGUGCUGUGGCCGGGGCGCUGAUUGUGGGCUGUUUGGCUGUUAUUCUGGCCGCGGGGGCGGGGGCGUUUGAGACGUAG